CGCUGCGCGCCGCAUUUCGCCUUUGCUGGUGCUGCUGCUGUAGUUGCUGUUGUUGGUUUGCUGUUGCUUUUUCAAUUCGCCGCUCUGCUCACCUCGCCUCGUCGUCGUCGUCGUCUCUCGCUCGCUCUCUCUUUCUGCCCGCAAGUCUGUAGGCUGCUGUCGUCGUCGCCACCAAAUUGUCAUGGUGUUCGAAGAGGAAGAAGCACAGAGCACAUUGACUGGGUGAUAAAUUUCGAGUGGCUCUUUAGCUAGGAAAUCUUUGAAUAAACCGCAUCGAAACCAGCUCAACCGAAAGGUAAUUUUAUUAUCUACAAUUUGCUAUCAAAAGCACCUCGCUGCCUCAUCUGGAAGUGUGUGAAAAACGUGGCGGAAAAAUCCAUACAAGACGAAAUGGAAAAAAUGUGAUUGCUGCUCUUAAUUAUUAUUUUGGUGUUGAUGUGAAGAAUCCUUAGGUGCUAAUUUAGUUGAUAAGACCAAACGCGAGAGAGAUAUAAAGAUAACACACACAUACACACACACACAGAGUACAAUACAACUGUUAUCCGCCAAGUACAUUUCCAACUGGGUGGCAACCUUUUUCGUCGGAGCGGGCACCUAAAAGUAUGCAACACAAAAACGCCAGCGACGAUUGCCUUGCUGCCAGGCGCCACUAACGAGAGUAACGGAUAAAGAGGAAGAGCGAGAGAGUGAGAGAGAGAGAGAGCGCCGACCAAACGGUUAUUGUUUUUACUUCCCCCUGCGGAUAACUCUGCAGCGAAAUGUCCAAAUAUUUCGUGCCUGUUGCCCCAAACAGCAGCAGCAAUGGAAACAACAACACCACCACACAGCAAAGACAGCAACAACAUCAGCAGCACCAACAACAACAUCAUUAUGGUGGCACCGGUGGCACUUAUGUGGCACGAAGACUCAACUACGACAUGCUGGGGGGAGGCAACACCACCACAAACCACAACAACAACAAUAUUGUGAUCAAAAGCGAAAAGCUGGAUCUAGAUUACGAUCACGGUCUGAGCAGCAGCGACAGCAAUAGCAAUAGCAACAGCAACAGCGGUGUGGCCCCCCAUCUGAGAGAUCACGUGUACAUCAGUCAGGAUAAGAGCGGAGGAGGAGUGGGAGUCCAUACACCCGCAACAGUGGUUAAUGCACAACAGCAACAGCAACGUGUUGGCGUUAGUGUGACCAGCAAAUCGAAUGAUAUCACCAAGUACUACAAGGUCAAGCGCCGGCCGCAGCCCGUCACCGAUGAGAUCCAUCCCAAGAAGCAAGCGAAGCAGGGCCUUCUGCAUCAGACUGUUGGCUAUCAGAAGCAUGUUGUGGCCAGCAGUACGCCGCAGCCACAGCAGCAGCAGCAGCAGCAGCAGCCACAGCAACGCCGGCAACAACAGCAGCAGCACGAACUCGAGCUAGAUAUAGAGGAUGAUGUGUCGGAGAGGAGCAGCGGCAAGCCGUCGGCUACGCAACAUUCGUUUGUGCUGACAACGCCCCAACAGCAGCUGUCCGCUUCGGUGUCUAGCACCGGCGGUGGUGGCGGAGGCGGCGGUGGCUCAUCGGCCGGCGAUCGCAAUCGGGCCGAUACCUCGUUGGGUAUAUUGACCAAAAAGUUUGUCGAUCUGCUGCAGGAAUCGCCCGACGGCGUUGUCGAUCUGAACGAGGCCUCCACCCGGCUGUGCGUGCAGAAGCGUCGCAUCUACGACAUUACCAACGUGCUCGAGGGCAUCAAUAUAUUGGAGAAAAAGUCCAAAAACAACAUCCAAUGGCGGGGCGGACAGUCGAUGGUCAGCCAGGAGCGCUCCCGUCGCAUCGAGGCCGAGUCCGAGCGUCUGGAGUAUCGCGAGAACGAGCUCAACAUGCGACUCGAUCAGAUGCGGGACGAGCUGGCGAAGAUUUCCAAGGAAGUGGAGGAUGCCGGCGGCAAGGCCUAUGUGACGCAAAAUGAUCUGCUCAAUGUGGAUAUGUUCAAAGAUCAGAUUGUGAUUGUGAUCAAGGCGCCGCCAGAGGCAAAGCUUGUGCUGCCCAACACAAAGUUGCCGCGCGAGAUAUACGUGAAGGCCGAGAACGGGGAGAUCAAUGUAUUCCUCUGCCAUGACAACUCGCCGGAGAAUUCGCCCAUAUCCUCGGGCGCUGGUUACUUGGGCACACACCCGGGUGCCGGCUGUGUGCGGACAGCCACAUCGACACGACUGCACCAUCUGACCAGCCAGCGAAUGAACGAUCCGCUCUUCAAUAACAUCGAUGCGAUGAGCACAAGGGGAUUAGAUCCCACACCAUAUCGCUCGGCCCAGCGGAACCUCAGCAAAUCGAUUGAGGCCGCCGCGGCACAGCAAUCCUCCCAGCCUGAAUAUAAUAACAUUUGUGAUAUUGCGAUGGCCCAGCAGCAGCAGCAGCAGCAAAACGAUGAUGAUGAUGUGGAUGCCGAGCUGCAACAGCUGGUGCCUACGCUCACCCAUCCGGUGGUGCGCAGCCAACUGUAUGGCCAGCAGCAGCAGCAGCAUAACUCCAUCCAGCAGCUGUUUAGCAGCUUAACCGAAUCCUCUCCCACGCCCACACCCACGACAAGACGUCGGGCGGCAGCAGCAGCUGCAAUUGCCGCGGGGCAUCCCACAGCCACAGCAGCAGCAGCAACAACCACAGCAACCACUACGCUUAAUAGUCAUAACAGCAGAGCAGUCAGCCGCCUCCACAACCACAACCACAGCAGCAGCAGCAGCAGCAGCAGCAGCACCUCCAUCAUCAGCAACACACAGCAACGUCGCAGCGAUGUGCCCAUGUAUAAUUGUGCAAUGGAAGAUGCUGCCGAUGCCACAAGAGAAAAAGGAGCCACAACAAGAGGAAAUGCAGCGACAGCGUCAUCAUCGUCUGCCUCCUCGGCAAUGGGCUCGCUGCAUAUGCAGUUUGCGGCAGUCGCUGGUAACAACGAGGUCUGCGACAGUGGCAAUGGCAGCAGUUAUGGCAACCUGUCCGGCGCUGGCGCCAGUGCGGAUCACCAUCAUCAGCAAUACAGCCAAAAUCGCCAUAACCUGCCUCUGCCGCCCAGCAUGGGCAAUUGUGAUGCCAGCAGCAACAGCAACAGCAGCAAUGUAACGCUUCAGAGCCUCGAUGCUUUCUUCAAUGAAAUGGGCCCGGACUACUUCAGCAAUGAUAUGGCCUUUGUGUCCAUCAACCCGCCGGAUGAUAAUGACUAUCCGUAUGCGCUCAAUGCAAACGAGGGCAUCGAUCGUCUGUUUGACUUUGGUUCCGAACCCUAUGAACCCUAAGAGGAGACGCAUCCACGCAUCCACACAUACAAAUACAACCACAAACACACACACACACACAUAUAUAUAUAUAUCAUUGAAUGUAUAUACAAAAUUCUGGGAUUCUGGGAUUCUAAGAGAAAGGAGAAAUCAGCUAACUUAAUGAAACUAAGUUGUGUGUAAAGUUUUAAGCGUAAAGUUAUACAUUUAAAUUUAUAAUCCCAAAAGUAAUUUAAGCGAAACUAAAAACAAACUCUACUCUACGAAAGAAAACUCAGCCUCACACCAGAAAACAAAAAUAUAAGCAAACAUUUUAUAAAAACAAACAUUUCAAUUUUAGCCUUAAAAGAAAGCAAAACAAAAAAUAUACAAGGAGGAGAAUCAGGAAUAAGCGGUAUAAGAAUAGUCCACACACAAAUUAUAUAAGUUCGAAUACUUCCUACUCUCAUCCAGGAACCUAUUUUGGACUAGAACUGUCUGUAAAUUACUAAAAUAUACAAAACACACAACAA